AUGCCUAAUGGUCCCGAGAAGCAACAGUCCAAGAAUGUUCAAGGUCGGGGAUUUUUCCCUGUUCUUGGUGGCGUCAACAAGGAGGAAAGUAUCUCUGGGCAUGAUCAACAACAAUAA